UUUAACUCUAGAUCCAACACUGGUGUUAGGAGGAGCCCAAGCAUCAUUAUUUAAGCUGAGCUGCAGGUGGGGAGCAAGUGGCUGGAAGCUGCAGCUCAGUGACAAUGGCAGAGUUCAAUGUCGGGAGCGUUCUGGUGACUGGAUCCAAUCGAGGAAUUGGCCUGGGACUCGUGAAGCGAUUUCUAGAGCUACCAAAUCCACCAGAAUGGAUCUUUGCCACCACCAGGGAGCCGGAUGGAUCCCAAAGCAAGGAGGUAAUGGAGCUGGCAUUGAAGCAUCCAAACCUGGUGGUGCUGCAGCUGGAUGUCACAGAUCCAAACAGCAUAAAGGCAGCUGUGCAGAGAGUGGAAGACCAUGUGCAGGGACAUGGACUGAAUCUCCUGAUAAACAAUGCUGGCAUCGCACGGAUGACCACAAUGGAGAAUGAGAACGCUGAGACCAUGGCAAUUGUAUACCUAACUAACACAGUUGGGCCUCUGCUGGUGAGCCAGGAGUUCCUGCCAUUGCUGAAGAAGGCUGCCCAGCAGAGUACGCAGACAGGGCUGAGCUGCAGGAAGGCCGCCAUUGUCAACAUGUCCAGCACGGCUGCUUCCAUAGCACUUGUUACAUCAUGGGAACUGCUGCCAGACCCCAGCUACCGCUGCAGCAAGGAUUGGGUCUCCUGGUUUCUGCUUGGCUCAGCAUUCCAGCCUAUAAAAGGAUAAAACCAGAGAUUUCUGGGAUUUGGUAUCUCACAGCCUUGUAUCCUUUACGCAGGGGCAGCAAAGAUUGAAGAUUUAUUGUGAGGUGGGCAGUUUUCUUUUGAUCUGUUGCUGGAGUUGCCAACCCUCCAGGAUGGGCCUGGAGUCUCCCAGAA